CGCUCUCCCUGGAGAAGUGGGCGUGGCGUCGUAGCUAGGCAGUGACGUCAGUGGGAGCUGUUCAAAGUGGUGUGGUGCUGAAGAGAAACCUCUUCUCCCCGCUCAGUCAGACAGUCAGUCGCUUGAUCGCUCGCUGGCUCGGUUGGUCCGCAGCCAUCAGCCAUUCCCCCAACGCCGGAUUUCGUUGAUUAGCACUCAGCACAGAGGGAUACAGAAAAAAACCAACUACCUGGACCGUUUACAUAUCACCUGAAGCCCAUGUGGGAGGGAUUUCCAUCAAGUCUUGAGGAAAUGGUGAUGUUUAAUGGCAGCCUCCGCCUGAGGUUGUUGGAGUCCUAACAAUCAUAGAGCCAUCAUCAAGGGAAAAUCUCUCAUCAUGGCAACCUCCUACCUCCAGCCUGCACUCCUUGACCCCUCCUUUAGAGGCUGUAAUUGCUGAGGGAGGGUUAGUGAGAGUAAGACAAGCUUGCCUGUGAAGACAAUCUUCCAAAUCAUGUAGUGUAACUUUCUCCAAGGAGGGGGGAGGGUCUACAAUUGAGUCUGAUUUAUUUUUUAAUUAUUGCUGUUUAUCUCCGGAACAGAUUUGUACUUGGUUAAAAAGUUUAUGUGUGUGUGGAUGGAGAGUGCGAGGUGAGGAGAAAGCGACAGAGGAAGAAAGAGAGAGAAAGAAAGAAAGAAAGAAAGAAAGAAAGAAAGAAAGAAAGAAAGAAAGAAAGAAAGAAAGAAAGAGAUGGUCCUCCACACCACCCCUUACUCCAGUGCCUGUUUGCACUUCCUGGAUGGCUUAUCAUGGAGCUUGGUGUUCCCCUGCUACUGGCUCCUGGACCGGCUCCUGGCUUCAUGUGUGGCCACCUCACUGGAGAAGCGCCAGCGCUCCCAGGACCCCUGCUCCUUCCUCACCCUGUGUGUCCUGAUCUCUGCACCCUUUUACCUGCUCCUCCUCCUCGCCUCCCUGCCUUUUGCCCUUCUGGGCUUCAUCAUCUGGGCUCCCCUGCAGGCCAUCCGCCAGCCCUACUUGUACACCUACCGCAGACCAGACAAACACCAGAUCGAGCAGGGCCAGGCAGGGUUGGGGGGCAUAGGUAUUGGGGAAUGGAGGCCACAGGGCAGAAGCUUCUGUUUCUGCAGUGCCAACGUAUGCCUGCUGCCCGACUCCCUGGCCAGGUUCAACAACCUGUCAGACACCCACAGGAGAGCCCACGAGUUGGGGAAGAGGAUCCGCAACGGUGCCAGUCGGCCUCAAAUAAAAAUCUACAUUGACUCACCUACUAACACUUCCAUCAGUGCGGCAUCCUUCAGCAGCCUUGCCACAGGUUUCCGUCGUACCUCCUCUCUGGACCAUCGUCCAGACACCACACACACCACCAAUGGCCCAGCGGACACUGAAAACGAACCCCCCACCGAGUGCCCAAUUCACCCCUCAGGUGCCACCAACUGCCCUUUACACCCCGCUGCAGGAGACCAGGGCUCCUCUGGAUGCCCCCUUCACCCAGACGAAACAGACACCACAGCAGACUGCCAACUCCACCCAGCGGGGGCUAACAACAGCUCUGGCUGUCCUGUUCACACCUCAGGGGAGGCUCCAGAUUGUCCCAUGCAUUCCACAGGGCCUCAGCGUGUCCCUGGCCAUCAUGACUGUCCCAUGCAUGGUGAAGGGAACCAGCCAAAAUCCUCAACAGACUGCCCACAUCACACCUCAGGGGUUCAAAUCAGCAUCAGUGCUCCAGACCCAGACCCCCAGGAGGAGGAGGCUGAAACAGGGAACCAUCGGCCAGGGGAUCAGGCAGGAGGAGACACGAGCAGCAUGACUGCCUCCAGGGAGUCCCUUGCUCGUUACCAUGGAGGUGACAGCGGAGUAGGGAUAUCCUCCAACAACACACUCUCUCAUGUCCCUCGCACGUCAAUCUUCAAGCGCCCUGGACGAAAACGCCGCCACGGAGAUGAGACAUUCGACCAUGAGAUCUCUGCCUUUUUCCCUGCCAACUUGGAUUUCCUGGCUCUACAGGAAGUGUUCGACCACAGCUCGACAACUAGACUGCGGCGGCAAUUGCAUCGCUACUUUCCGUAUGUGCUGAGUGAUGUUGGGCGGUAUGGCUGGAAAGGCUGCUGCUCCAGGUUCAAAUUCCUGAAUAGUGGGCUGAUGCUGGCCAGUCGAUACCCAAUUCUGGAUGCACGCUAUGAGUGCUACCCCAAUGGGAGAGGGGAGGACGCACUGGCAGCCAAGGGGACGCUGUUUGCCAAGGUUCAUGUGGGCACUACCCAUCAGGAGCAAAGGGUUGUGGGAUAUCUCACGUGUACACACCUCCAUGCCAUAGAAGGUGAUGCUUCUGUACGAUGUGAGCAGCUGGACCUGUUGCUCCGCUGGGGGGCUGAGUUUCGUCAUUCCUCGUCCCAACCACCUGAAGGAGAGAAGGUGCUUGAAGACCUGGUGGCCUUUGAUGUCAUCCUGGGAGACCUCAACUUUGACAACUGCUCUUCAGAGGACAAACUGGAGCAGCAGCAUGCACUUUUUACUCAAUACAAGGACCCAUGUCGCCUUGGGCCAGGAGAGGACAAACCAUGGGCUCUAGGUACUCUUCUGGAUCCCAGUGGCCUAUAUGACGACGAGGUCAGCACACCUGAAAGUUUACAAAAAGUGAUGGAAAAUGAGGAGGGGAGGAAGGAGUACCUGGUGUUUCCUCCCAGUAAGAGCCAGUGUCCUGCCAGCAGUCAGAAGGGGAGGAAGAUCCCGCUGAAGGGCAAUGGACGCCGCAUCGACUACCUCCUCUACAGCGACGAGGGCCUGCAGCAUGACUGGAAACUGGAAAUCGAGGAGUUCAGCUUCGUCACCCAGUUGGCUGGCCUCACUGACCACCUCUCUGUGGCCAUGCGACUGGCUGUGUCCACCGGGGAAGAGGAGCCUUAGGUAGAUCGACCACUUGAAGCUUUUUAAAAAUACUGCCAUGGAGGAAUGACAGACAACCAGGGAGAGGAGAAGAGGUUAAGAGUUUACAGAUACGGAGCUGCUUCUGAGACACACAAAGCAGGGGUGGGAGAGGAUUAAAUGGACAGAGAAAUGGACGCAUGAAUUAACGGAGGAGCACUCAGUGGAUGAAUGGAUAUAGCGCAGGUAGAUAGAGAGAUAGCAGGAGCAGAGGUGUGACAUGAAAGACAAAGGAGUGGAGAGAUAAGCAGGAAAAUUCAGUGUAGAAAUCCAGAGAGAUAUUAAUUUUCCUGGGUAAACCACACACACACACACACACACACACACUCACACACACAAACACACACUAAAUAUGUUACCAAACACACAAACACAAGUGAUCAACAUUGUGACUGUUGAACGUCACCUGGCCUCUCCGCUCCUGUCCUCAAACACUCCCUGAACCAAAUUUGGAGAUUUUUAUUUACAGUAAAUUGUUUCAUGUAGUCAGUUUCCACACACUCCUUGUAUUGGAUCUAUUUUAGCUUUAGUGUAAGUCAGCUUUUUUUUAUGAUUCUACCUUCAGGGACAGCUGGAUCCUCAUCCUUUAGUGACUGUGUCCAAAAGUGAUGAGAGUGAAAUGUACAGCUGCUGACUGGCCUUUACACUGACCAUUUGUGUCCUUGUGUUGUGCACCUUUCUGAAAGGCUAUUGGUCAGUUCUGCUGUCAGUCAUUCACCUUACUACUCCCACAUCAGUCCCAGGAACCUCAACAAGUGUCUUUUUUUUCUAAAAAAAAAAAAAAAAAAUGAAAGAAAGAAAGAAAGAAGAGAAAAUUCACAUUAGUCUUUCUAAAAGGUGAAAAUUAAUAUGAUACAGUUUCUAUUGUCGCCACAUUACUUUUUAUAGGAAGUUUAAUGCCUGUUUAAUACUAUAUUGUAUGUUUCUAAAAAGAGGGAGGCUAUUGUAUAAAGGGAUGAAACUGAAGAAAAAAGUUGUUUGAUCCAGUGAAAUGCAUAUAGCAUGUUUUUCAUGAUUGAUGACAAUUCUAAGACUAACGGACAUUUUAGUGGGAACCGAGGCUUUGCUGAUGCAUGAUGGAAAUGGUAUCAGUUUACAACUUUAAUAUAGCCACUUGAUAAACUUGCUUGCUUGAAUCUGGAUGCCUGAUGAGUCUGAAACACACACCAAUUGUAGGCCAGUGUGGCAUAUGUGCAUGUGAGACUCCACCCUGUUGAUGAAACCUAACACAUACAAAGGUGUGCACAGAAAAACAUACUCAGUAUUUACUUAAAGUAGAAACAGAUAUCAUGUACAGAGCUGUCAGGUGUUGUAACAUUCCCUCUCCUCUUGAAAUGACACCUCAGCCGUCUCCAGGAGAGAAGCUAUUAUCAGCUUUUUAGUUAACAGACCACUGUACCUAUCUGGUCAGUGAGCCAUUGCUGUGUUGUUUUUGGUGUGAGCACAGCCAGUUGUCCAAUGGAUCACAAUUGAUGGCAACUGCAAAACCUCAUAAUACAGACUAUGAAGACCUACAAGCUGCACACACCUGGACAACAAGUUUAUCUAAACACAUUUUAUCAAGUUCCCAAACUGACAGCCCACCCGCAAAUAUACAGAAUUCAUGCAGCGAAAGGCUAAUAAAUAAACACACAAACACACAAAGCAGUGUAAUAACAAUGCAACACAAAAAGUGUGUUCAGACUGAAAGCAAGAAAAACUUUACAGACAAUGCAAUUGGAUAUCAAUGACUUUUGAAGAUGUGGUUGAAUGAGACAAGAUGCAUCUGACCAAGUUAUCAAUUUUUCAACUUAAGAGAAAGGUUUGCAUUUAUCCCAAAACUUCAUGAACAAACAGGAAGACAAGGAGAACAGAAACAGCUGGGGUUGAAGUUUUGAGAAAAGUUGUAUGUAUGUUGCUAGUGUACACAUAAACCAUAGAGGAGAAGUUUUACUUGACAUUCAGUCUAAACACACCUUUAGUAUUUUGCCCCUCUCACCUGUCUGUAUAUUACAGUACUGACAUACUGCUUCUGCUGCUGGUUGGACAACAAUAUACUGUACAGGAGGACGCACACCAUUCAAGAGAUUAUAACCUUUAACUCAUAAUAAUGCUAUUAGCAUAGCAUUCACAUGAGCAUUCAACUCCGGAUCUUUAACGGAGACACACAGACCAUGGUGUCAAACAGGAGCUGGAACUUUGUAAAGAGCAGUGUUCAGUCAGUGUCAUUGUUAAGAGACAUGAUGACGGUAAAACCUUCUUUGUGUCCCCUAUAGACCUGUUGGCUAAGAGUGUGGAAGCCGGCAUGACGCUACAUUAUUAGUAAAAUCUGAAGUGAGAUGCAGCCAGAUCUAAGAGUUCUGUUUGGAAAGAAGUUUACAAAGUCAUCAGACUCACUCAGUAAAUUAGCCGCCAUAAUGUACUGGUCAUACCAGACCAAUUAAGGUUGUUGCAGCAAAACCUCUGAAACAACGAAGUGUGUGUUUUAUUAAUUUACUGAAUUCAGCUUUUAGUUUGUAAGAGGAAGGUUAAGUUAUUUUUUAUUGAAUAUGUAUUGGUUUCAGUAAUGGUAGCCUCCCUGUCAUCUAAACACUAUGUGUGCUCACGUGUCAGGAGGAAACUCCGGAUCACUGAUCAACCAUACAGGGAACACAUGGAUCACAUCUGUGUCGAUGUUGUCAUCAGUCAACAUGGGACAUCUACCAAAAUCAUGCUGUACAUUUCUUUUAAAGAUGAGUGUAAAAAAUUAGUAGAAAGCUUUCUUUGAAUAAAACAUGCAUUACAGUAACAGUUUUCAGUAACAGGGUUUCAGAUACAGUUUGAGCUCCAUGGUCUACAUGGUGAACAAAGUUUACAACAGUUUUUGACCUGUCUGUUUGCACAAGAGAGGAGCUUUAUAUGUGCUUGUAUGAUUGGGCGGCUCAUUGUGUUAUCUUUUUCAAUACAAAUGUGCAGUGUGAACACACUGUGCUGAAAUGAAACAAAAUAUAGGCAGUAGAGUAUGCAUCAUACAGGAGUAUACAGUAUCUCAUACUCUUGCAAGUCAGUGUAUAUGUAUGGUUUGUGAAAGUGAAUGCAGGAAACAUACAGGUAGUUUUGUUAUGUAUGUGAGUCCACAGAUCACCUGGCUGCCCUGACACCCCCUCUGUCUCUUUAUGACUCACUUUAUUAUGAUUAUUAUGACUAUGACUAAAAUAUUCUUCUUAUUACUAUGUUUUGUUUCUGUUCUUUUUAUCAACGCAAGCUUCGCUAUGUUUUUUUUUCCACUUGAAUCAGUGUCAGACUUUUGCCAGUCACCACUUUUCAGUUCAGGGUGAAAUUCAAUGAGAUCAAAUCCUAGAAUAUGUUGUUUACUUGGUAAAUAGUCAUGUAAAUACACUAGAGGUCAACAGUGAGUUACAGAAAGAAUUGCCACAUUUUAUCUCAGAAUGUUCUCGUAGCUUAAAUAAGUAAAAGGUUUGAUGAAAGUGUAAAAGUUUAUUUAAUAACAUUUUUGCCUGUCCUGUUCUGUUACAUGGCACCUGAAUACUGCUGAACAUUUCAUUAAUAAGUAUGGAGAGACUUGCUUGGAGAGCAAACAGUAGGAGUUGUGUAGUGCUACAUUUUCAUGAUGAAAAUACACUUUUGUGUUAUUUUUAAAUGUUUAAGAAUUUGAAGUGUUUUUUGUUUUGCUAAAUUUUGUGGGUUUUUUCCUAUUUUUAAAAAUAAGAAACAAAAAGACUGAAGAAAGUGAUUGGUUGAUUUAAAGGUCAGAGGUGAUGGUGUAAAGGCAAAGUUCUGGUUCAUGUUGUUGGAGAGCCAUAGAAGGAAGUCUAUGUGGUAAAUCAGUCAGUGAGGCAUAUUCGUUACUGGAGGAAACCAGAACUCACUAGAUGGCGGGCAAUCUCAGCGCUUUCUUGGGUGGUAAACAAACAAGUCAACAAUUCAAAACAAUUCAAUGAAGAGAACUACAGAGUCAAAUCAUUCAACUUUAAAGUCAAAGACUGCACAGACUCUCUCACUGACUGCAGUGCGGUUGGAGGCUGCUCACCUUAGCAGUUGCGGUGUAGACUGUUUACCCCCGUUACAAAUGAUAUGUAUCCCAGAGUAACUGAAAUGUCCAGGCUCUAUCAUGGAGCCAUUAAGAUCCAUGGUACAUGUUUAUGGCAAACAAGAACAUCACAAUGUUCACACAACUCACAAAAUCUCAUCUGCCUCAUCACACUGUUGCUAAUGACAAUCAAGCAACUAGAAUUAAGCAUUCAUAGCCUUUCUGAGCCAUCACAGCAACAAGUCUUCAAACUUAAAUGACCAUCUGAUGCGACCCAUAGGACUGCCUCCUGAAAUAGUGCCUCUAGGGCAGCAGGCGUGACAGACUUUCAUCAUUAUGGUUUCAAUAAUAAACACAUAAUUAAACUUAUGGAACAGACACCAUUUGUCAGAUUUUAGAUCAAAAACUACAUGGUCAGGUUUAGCAAAAGGUCAGAGUUUGGGUUAAAAUAUGUACUUAAGGUUAGAGGACUGUCAUCAUCAUGGUUACAAUAAAAAUGAUCAUGGUUGAAAGAAACAAUGGUGAUUAUUGGUUCACACAGGAAACAAACACCAGACUUCUGUCAUUUGUUCUGUCGACCUCCCCCAUCUUUAUAGUACGUCACUUGACUUCCUCCUUGGCUCUCGUAAUAAUGACCUCAGCUGUAGAGGUCACCUGACAAUAAAACAAAACUGGGUUGUAAUCAGUUACUUGCAGAGACGACCUUUGGGGUCAUUUUUUUACAGACUCUGUGAAGCUACACGCCCACCACACUGACCCUCUGUAAACAAACACACAGUGUGAGCUGAGUCCAGCAGGAGUAAACACUACACCCCACAGAGGGCUCCUUUUCUAACUUGAGCUUUUCUUCAAAUCAUGUCAAAAUAGAAUGCACACAUGAAUUACAUUUUCCCGGUGGUCAUCUGAUUUGUUAUUAUGUGAUGAGAACAUAGACACCAAUAUAAUCUAUGUAUCCCCAGUGCUGAAAUCAAACCAGUCAGGAAAUAAUAUAUUGAUUGAUAAUCAGGAUUGAAGAUUAUAGAUACUGUAUAUCAAACGAGCACUAUAUACAGCUCAUAAUAAGAGAGAACUCAUGAAUUAUUUUGGUGUCUAAAUUCUAAGGUAAGCUAACAAAUGGGACCUUUUGCUGACAAACUGCUGUAUCUUCUGAAACAUUUGUAGUAUUUGUAAUGUUUCUGUUCAACAAACAGCAUCAGGUUCAGGACAGAGUUAUUACACAGCAGGUCCCAGUUGAGCUUGAAGCUUUAUAGCUGCAUCUACUGUAAUAAUGCUUAAUGCUUGUAGUCUGAGUAGAACCGAUGCCUCACUUUGCUAUCCUUUUCUGUUCUUAUUUUCUAUAAUUUGUCUCUGUUCACGUUUCUUUAGUUGAUUUUUGUCUUUGGAUGGGGGGUGUGUCUCGAUGGGCUCGUCUAGCUUGGUCUCAGUAACGUAGCUAGGGGAUCAAUAGCUUUUCUCUUUCUAAGCUUAUUCAACAAACUGCUUAUUUUCUUCUGCUUUUAUAAAAAAACAAAGGAUUUUCCCUCAA